GCUAGGCCCCAGCUUUCAAGAUGCUUUCGCUGCAGAAUCAACGGCAACCAAAGACAACGCCUUUGGUGGACGACUACGAAAUAUCGGACACGGUGCUCGGGCUGGGCAUCAAUGGAAAAGUGGUGCAGUGCACCAAUCGGCGCACCAAACAGAAUUUCGCCCUCAAGGUCCUGCUGGACAACGAGAAGGCGCGCCGCGAGGUCGACCUGCACUGGCGGGCCAGCGGCUGCAAGCACAUCGUGAACAUCAUUGACGUCUACGAGAACACGUACAGCGGACGCAAGUGUCUGCUGGUCGUAAUGGAAUGCAUGGAGGGCGGUGAGCUGUUCCAGCGCAUCCAGGAGAAGGCGGACAGCUCCUUUACGGAACGGGAAGCGGCUCACAUAAUGCGCGAGAUAUGCGAGGCGAUUUACUAUCUCCACAGCCGGGACAUAGCGCACCGCGACCUGAAGCCAGAGAACUUGCUCUACACGACAAAGGAGCCGAAUGCGAUACUGAAGCUGACAGACUUUGGCUUCGCCAAGGAGACGUUCACCAACGACACCCUACAGACGCCCUGCUAUACGCCGUACUAUGUGGCUCCGGAAGUGCUCGGCCCGCAGAAGUAUGACAAGAGCUGCGACAUCUGGUCGCUGGGCGUGGUCAUGUACAUCAUCAUGUGCGGCUUUCCGCCGUUCUACAGCAUCAACGGACUCUCCAUAUCGCCGGGCAUGAAGAAGCGCAUACGGUCGGGCCAGUACGACUUCCCCGACCCCGAGUGGACGAACGUCAGCCAGGCGGCCAAGGAUCUGAUCAAGGGCAUGCUCAAUGUGGAUCCCAGCAAGCGGCUGCGCAUCGAGGAUGUGCUGCGCAACAAGUGGAUAGCCCAGUACGAUGCGGUGCCGCAGACGCCACUCUGCACCGGCCGCAUGCUCAAGGAGGGGGAGGAGACCUGGCCGGAGGUGCAGGAGGAGAUGACGCGAUCGCUGGCCACCAUGCGAGUGGACUACGAUCAAAUGCAAAUCAAGGCGCUGGACAAGUCCAACAAUCCGCUGUUAACGAAGCGCAGGAAAAAGAUUGAGGAAAUCUAUGCGGAGCACAAGAAAUAGAUUUAGCGGCCGCUGCCAGCGUGAACAAACCAAGGCCAAACCCCCUUUUUUUCCCCCUACCCACACACACACGCACACAUGUGGGUCUAUGUGUGCGUGUGAAGAGAUAGAUCAUAAUAAGAUUUAUAUGCCACA